AUGAGAAAAGGGAGUGGAAUUCUCAAGAACAAUAUAGAUUAAUAACAAGUCCUUUAGUAGCAUUAAUCAGACAGAGUGAAGUUUGACGAAGAAAUUAUAGCAGAGCAUGACAAAUCAAGAGGCACUAGAUAAAAGAUAGAUGAACCAAAGACUCCCUAUGAGAAUGCUUAAGAGGAAGAACUCAACCAGGAUGAUGAUGUCUACAUGCAGGAAGAUAUCUAGAUGAAUGAAACUACCUAGGCUAACUCUGGUUAGGAUAGUAGUCAAUAAACUAUUGAAGAGGAGGUAAAAAAACAUUUGGAAGAGGCAGAGAGAAAUAAACAGUUGAAUGCCUAAUUGCAAAAAGAGUAGAAUACAGUAAAUGUGUAGAAAGAAAUUGCUCAUUAAGAAUUAGUUCAAAAGUUAUAAUAAUCUCAGUAAGAAGUUGAUGAUGAGGAAAAAAAGCAUUAAGAGUUUUUGAAGAAGAGAAAAGAACAUUACAAGAAUGAGAUGAAAGCAGCCUAGUUACUUAAAAGAUAGAGUAUGGAGGAAGAUGAAGAUGAAGAUCAGUGA